AGCCACCCAAGAUUACUAUUAUUUGCAUACAAGCUAUUAUAAUACAGUCGCGCGCAUCAAGAGAUCUUGGUUAGAUAGAGUACACGGGUUUGGUAUGUAAGAGCUAUCACUAACGGAUGGGCUGAAUGCAUGCUACACACACACAUAUUACAAGUGGGUUGUAAGCGCACGAAAGUUCCGAAAUCAGGUACCAACGGGUUUUUGAUGGCUGCGUUCUAGCUGGUCUGUUGGAUUUUGUGAAAGAAGUACGGAUAAAAAGUGAGUUAGAUGCAUGUUAAAUGAUCGCCUGAAUGACAACACGCACUUGAUUUCAGGAAUAAGUACGAUUAAUACCGACAGACGGUGAGAGCUGUGUAUACCGUGUCAUCUCAUAACUAUGUCCAACUCAAUACAACAACCAACACCAGGGGAAGUAAAUAUAAGUAGAGGUAUAUUGUCCGGUGACACUACGCCAAAUGCCCUUAAAAGACAGCACAAGGACUACAUCUCGUCUAUAGCACAGGCAGAUAGCACACAUACAUUGCUCGCGAGACGUGUGUCUACCAAUCUACUGAAUGGUAAAGUGGUAGGUAGUGGUAUGGGUAGAGGCAUAGGGCCAACCAGCGCUAUGAAUAAGAAGGGCGCUGGUUUGGAAUCCAGAUAUAUAUCUUCCCGACUACAACAAACCAAUUCGGUUCCAACCAAUUUUGAGCAUGUAGUUCACCAGAAAGUGACACCCAAUACUGGCUUCAGGGGGGUCAAGGUACAAGACAGUAAACUGAGGGACACAAGUCAAGGUGGAGUAUAUUGUGAUAUAAGUCCGGGCACACAGAGAAGCUCGCACAUACAUGCGGCUGAUGAGAUGGAUGAACUUAAGCGGAACACUCCCGGAAACAUAGAUACAAUCACAAACAUACAUAUAGACAAGAAUAAAGCCACAUCGUCGGGUGGCGUGGGAGAUACGCGACCCGCACCUGUAGGUAGGAAACUGAGCCAGCUACACGAUCUAGCGCAAGUAGGAGGAGCGCGUGUGAUAGCGUCAGGAAUUGUACCUGAGAAUCAAUCGAAUGCUCUGUACAAUGGGGAUAAGUUGCCAAUGACCCCGAAUGAUACCGCAGCACGCACGACAACAGCGGGGCAGUCGGAGGAGGAGAGAGAGCAGGAUAUGAAGUCUAGCUAUGCACAAACAAGCGAUAGAACUCAGCUUACUGAUAAAUUAUACAUGCCGCAGGACAUGAAGCAGCCACACAAACCGCUGCAGAGGCUGAAGUACCCUUCUGCACCUAUAUUUGCAGUUAGCAGUGGAGACUCACUCACGGGCGUAUCUAUUGCAGGCGACGCACGGAUGCUUGGCAACGUGCACUCGAAUUCGAGCAUAGGAGCAGACACACAGACUAGUAGUAUAGAAGGGGUUGAGAGCUGGGAUAAUGAAAUAGAUUUAGCUGCUUUAUUACCGAGCCUGUCGAUAGAAAACAGUUCGAGCAGCAAGCAUACCGCUGCGAUGAAUAUUCAAUUUAAAUCACCCAAUAGGAAGACUUUAGAGGCAGACAGUACAAGUCUAUGCGACAAAAGCUACCUCUCGCCUACCGUGCCCAGAAGCAGAUCGCCGUCGCUCAGCUCAGACCCCGUCGUGAGCUUUAUCCGCCCGUCCAAGGUGGCUAGUAGUCUUCCCACACACUCGUAUAUGGAAAAUGCGAAGUUGUGUCUGACAGGAUGUUCAACAGAACACUCACACACGCAUCAAAAGAUGACUGGGGCUGUCCGGAAUGUGACAUUCUCGAUGUUUGAUCAGGUUUACGAG